AUGUCUGUCUCGCAGGCCCAACUGUUCCAGGACAAACUACCCCUGAUUCGCAACUGCCCCGCUUUGAAUGAGCUUCGCCUAGCUGAAGAGCUCACUGGCCUCAUCAUUGAGUACGCCUAUACUGGUCAGGUGGAAAUUACAAGAGAAAAUGUAUUAGGCCUUGCUGGGUUAGCCAGAAUGGUGCAGCUUCCUGCAUUAAUGGAUUGGGCAGUGAAAGUUUUGGCCAAAAGUGUCAGCACAGAAAAUGUGGAACUCACCUGGGACUUUGCCACGUCCCUUGAUAGCCGAAUGCUGAGAGAUGUCUGCCUCCGACGAAUGGCAGCCCACUUUAAGUAUUUUGUUUACAGCGACUUGUUUGUUCGCCUGCCGGCGGACGCUGUUCUGCAUUUGCUCCAAAAUAAUCAUGUGGCCGUGAGUUCUGAGGAGCAGCUUUUUUGCGCCAUUUCACGAUGGGCAAUGGCUUGA